AUGCGACUAUUUCCUAUGCGACAAGCUUUUCCUGACGGGUGCCGCGCGCGCCAGGCCUCGUGGGUUGGGGGAACCUGGCAGGCGCGCGACUGCAAGCCAGGGGCAGGAGGCAGACAGGCACGGCGCGCCCGUCUGCCGGGGACUCCGGCGGAGGUUUGGGCGGCCCGCGCCACGCAACAGAGGGGCAACGCCACCAACAGCGCAAGGGGCGUUUGGAAAUCUGCAAGGCGCGAGCGGGCCCAGAAAAGAACGGGUAGAAGUUGCAUUGCGUCUGGGCGUGGGGCUGCGAGUCACAUCCCGGCGCCUUCGUGCCCGCCGGAAAGGGGUUCUUUGCAGCACCGAUGGGCGCCUGGCGAGCGAUACGGGCACCUUCUUCUUCCUCCCAAACCUCUUUCCAGCAAACCCGCUUCACCACAGCAGGGGGAGUCCACACGCUAUGCUGGAACGCCGUCCCGCGGCAGAGGCCGCGCAGUCGCCACCUCCGCCCCUGCUGCCCCGUUGCGUGGGAUCCUGCCGCGCGAUGGGGAAAAUAAAAAAAUCAACAGAGUGUUCCCACGCCGCCCCCGAGGGCAACAUAGCCCAGACCCCCCCGGCGCAACCAGCUUGCGUCACCAGAUGGGCGGCGUGAGCGGCCCGCGGCAGUGGGAACUCGUGUGA